AUGACUCUUGGUAAAAAGGACCCCAACAAGAUAAACAAAACCAUCUGGUUGGUAGGAGAGACAGGAACAGGAAAAUCUACUCUGGUCAACGCUCUGUUCAACUACACCAUGGGAGUGAAGUUUGAGGACAACAUCUGGUUUGAGAUCGUAGAAGAUGAGAUGAAAAGUCAGACAGAGAGUCAGACAUCAGAAGAGAAGAGAAGUCAGACAUCAGAAGAGAGUAACAGUCAGGCAGAGAGUCAGACAUCAGAUGAGAAGAACAGUCAGGCAGAGAGUCAGACAUCAGAAGAGAAGAGAAGUCAGACAUCAGAAGAGAAGAACAGUCAGGCAGAGAGUCAGACAUCAGAUGAGAAGAACAGUCAGGCAGAGAGUCAGAAAUCAGAAGAGAAGAGAAGUCAGACAUCAGAAGAGAAGAACAGUCAGGCAGAGAUUCAGACAUCAGAAGAGAAGAACAGUCAGGCAGAGAGUCAGACAUCAGAUGAGAAGAACAGUCAGGCAGAGAGUCAGACAUCAGAAGAGAAGACAAGUCAGACAUCAGAAGAGAAGAACAGUCAGACAUCAGAUGAGAAGAGAAGUCAGGCAGAAAGUCAGACAUCAGAAGAGAAGAACAGUCAGGCAGAGAGUCAGACAUCAGAAGAGAAGAACAGUCAGGCAGAGACUCAGACAUCAGAAGAAAAGAUAAGUCAGACAUCAGAAGAGACGAACAGUCAGGCAGAGAGUCAGACAUCAGAAGAGAAGAACAGUCAGGCAGAGAGUCAGACAUCAGAAGAGAAGAGAAGUCAGACAUCAGAAGAGAAGAACAGUCAGACAUCAGAAGAGAGGAACAGUCUGGCAGAGAGUCAGACAAUAGAAGAGAAGAGAAGUCAGACAUCAGAUGAGAAGAGAAGUCAGGCAGAUAGUCAGACAUCAGAUGAGAAGAGAAGUCAGGCAGAAAGUCAGACAUCAGAAGAGAAGAACAGUCAGGCAGAGAGUCAGACAUCAGAAGAGAAGAACAGUCAGGCAGAGACUCAGACAUCAGAAGAAAAGUACAGUCAGGCAGAGAGUCAGACAUCAGAAGAGAAGAUCAGUCAGACAGAGAGUCAGACAUCAGAAGAGAAGAACAGUCAGACAGAGAGUCAGACAUCAGAAAAGAAGGACAGUCAGACAGAGAGUCAGACAUCAGAAGAGAAGAACAGUCAGGCAGAGAGUCAGACUUCAAAAGAGAAGAACAGUCAGGCAGAGAGUCAGACAUCAGAAGAGAAGAACAGUCAGGCAGAGAGUCAGACAUCAGAAGAGAAGAACAGUCAGGCAGAGACUCAGACAUCAGAAGAAAAGAACGGUCAGGCAGAGAGUCAGACAUCAGAAGAGAAGAACAGUCAGUCAGAGAGUCAGACAUCAGAAGAGAAGAACAGUCAGACAGAGACUCAGACAUCAGAUGAGAAGAGAAGUCAGGCAGUGAGUCAGACAUCAGAAGAGAAGAACAGUCAGACAGAGAGUCAGACAUCAGAAAAGAAGAACAGUCAGACAGAGAGUCAGACAUCAGAAGAGAAGAACAGUCAGGCAGAGACUCAGAUAUCAAAAGAGAAGAACAGUCAGACAGAGAGUCAGAGAUCAGAAGAGAAGAACAGUCAGGCAGAGAGUCAGACAUCAGAAGAGAAGAACAGUCAGGCAGAGAGUCAGACAUCAGAAGAGAAGAGAAGUCAGGCAGAGACUCAGACAUCAGAAGAGAAGAACAGUCAGGCAGAGAGUCAGACAUCAGAAGAGAAGAACAGUCAGGCAGAGAGUCAAACAUCAGAAGAGAAGAACAGUCAGGCAGAGAGUCAGACAUCAGAAGAGAAGAGCAGUCAGGCAGAGACUCAGACAUCAGAUGUGAUCGUGUACGAGAUCUUUGGUUAUGAAGAUAAAACUCUGCCCUACUCUCUGACCAUCAUCGAUACUCCUGGAUAUGGAAACACCAGAGGGAUUGAACAUGAUAUCAUCAUCAGUCAAAGUACUUUUGAUUUAUUCUGCUCAGAAAAUGGGAUUCAUGAGAUCGAUGCAGUGGGUCUGGUGCUGAAGGCGAGUGAGAAUCGAGUGAGUGACCGACUUAAGUACAUCUUUGAUUCAGUGACGUCUCUGUUUGUAAAAAACCUGGAAGACAACACUGUUGUUCUCAUCACACACUCAAAUGGAAGACUACCUAAAAAUGUGCUACAAGCUCUUGAAGCUGCAAACAUUCAGUUGGCCAAAAAUACAAAGGAACCUGUUCACUUCCUGUUUGAUAACUGCCAGGAUGAAGACCGAACAGACGACAUAGAUGACCUGAAACAUGCUGAAAAAAUAACAAUGAAAGGAAUGAGACAGUUGGUGGAGUUUUUAGAACAAACUUCGCCUCAAAAGCUGCAAAAAACAAAAGAAGUCCUGAAAGAGCAAAUCUGUAAAAAAGUGACAUCCUGCAUCCAAAACCUGCAAGAAAGAAUCCAGCUGAUUGAACUAAAACAGAAAGAGAUCCAACAGACUAAAGAAGCUCUGAAGAAACAUGAAGAAGAGAUGAAGAAGAAUGAGAAGUUCACUGUAGAAGUUGAUGAGGUCUACAAAGAGAAAGAGGAUAUCAAUGGUGGGAUGAGAGAGACAGCCCCCAGAGACCCAGAACGGGCAGUCGCCCAGGCCAGCCGACUGGUCCCGCAGCAACCCCAGACGGAAUUCGGGAUCACCGGAGUCCACCGGGAUCGCAUCCUGCUGAUCUCCGCUAAAAUCCCGAACCGCAGACAGCUGACGGUUACUCUCCUGAAAAAACCUGUGUGA